AUGGAGAGUUCGCUUCGAAACAUUCUCCAUACCAAUGAGCCGCCACCGACCUAUGGUUUCUCCACUCUUUGCGCAGGCCAUUUACCGGCUAAUCCACCAAACAACAGCAAUGGCAGCGUGUUGGGAAGAACCAUGGAGGCUGAAAAUGCCCUGUCCAAUUCCCGAAAACGUCCUGUCACGCGGAUAAAAUCAUCCUAUCCGCGAAAGAGAGCCAUACAAGCCUGUCAGAAGUGUCGCGUCCGCAGAACCAAAUGCAAUAACGCAAGGCCGAGUUGCUCGUCCUGUUUGUCCAUUGGUGCGGAAUGUAUAUACUCUGAAGGAGACCACUCCACCUUCGAUUCCGCCAGUCUGGCCAUUCUCGACAAGUUGAACACCAUCGAAGAACUUCUCAGAGGGUCCAAUCACCGGAGUUCAGGCUCUGCUGCAGCUCCAAGCAGUACAGAUGGCGAUAGUCGAGGAACGCUGUCUCGGCUAAAGUCGUUGGAUUCACCUUCGCUUGAGAGGACAAAGGAUGCUACACCCUGCUACAUGAAUAUUGAAGGUGUCUUGUCAUGGUCUGUUUUCGAUGACCUCAGUCCCAAUCUCGAUCUGAAAGGUUUGCUCAACGCACCCAGCCCUGGACCUGGAGGAAAUGUCUCCAUGGUCAGCAACCUCGACGAUCAUUUUGUAGAAGAAGACCUGGUCGCGCAAUUCAUGAACAACGUCUUCAUUUACAAUCCAGUCUUGGAAGAGGCCAAAAUCCAUCGGUACAUGCGAGAUGCCCGACUUAAUGGCAUUGGAUGGGAUGCACAGUCAUGCCUGUUGCUCCUAAUCUAUGCUCACGGAUCAAUCGUCGGCCCUUUCGACGGCGGACACCAGCCAGAUGCCUCAUCAUUCCGACAAUCCUUCUCAUUCAAGCAAGCUGAAUCCUUCUUUUCUGCUGCUCAAAAACGAAUGGGCCUUUUGCUUUGCCGGACCGGUGUUCUUGAAGCGCAAUGCUUUUUCCUCGCGGGAGUGUAUUUAAUGGCCACCUUACGCCCAAUGGAGGCAUGGAAGAUGUUUGUCCAGGCUCUCGCGUGUUGCCAGGCGUUCUACAUGGAGAAGGAGUCUCCAGAAUCAGAUCGGGAAGGAGAACAACGGCUGCGAGAAAGCAUCUAUUGGACCUGUUUCAAAUCAGAACUCGAACUUCGUCUUGAACUGAAUGUCUCGGAGACAUCGGUAUGGGACCUCACCUAUCCAGCCUUCUUCCCUUCACCGCCAGAAGGACUCCGAUCCCAAAGAGAAAUCGUCUGGUACUUCUAUCUGGCCGAGAUUGCCCUUCGACGACUUGGAAACAGAAUCCUAAAUUUCAUCUACGAUACGAAAGCGAAUAGUAAUUUAUCUACCAUGGCCGAAUCCACGCUCGGAUUCGAACAGCAGGCCGCAGACUGGAUCCGCUCUCUACCGCAAGCCCUGGACCUCGAAGCGCCCUCUUUGGGAGAAGAGAGCGAGGUACGUCAUUCCUUGAAGUUCAUACUGAAAGGUCAUCUGCUUGAUUGUUAUGAAAUGAUGUACUGGCCCUUCAUUGUCGUUGCCGUGAAUUACGACAAUCCAGAACGGACUUCCACUAUCUCGGGUGGAACGAUGGAGUCCUUCGUUCAUAAGGCUCUCGUCGUCUGUGUGGAGCGAAUUGAAAAGAACGAGCAGGGAUUCUUCUACCGCCAUCACGGCACAUGGUUGAUGCUUCGAUCUUGCACGAGGAGUGCCCUUGUCCUUCUGGCAGCGGCCCGUCUUGAAAAACUGUCCCUUCUCAUGCCAGACCGUUGGCGCCAGGCUAUCGAGAAAGUAAUUGAGAUGUUGAAAUUUUGGAGGAGGGAAAGCAGAGAUGUGGAAGAUCGGCUUCGGCUCGUGGAAACUUUAUUGGACUGCCUGACAUUCGGCAAUCAUCGUGCACCUCUCAGAUAA